GUUGACUCUAGAAGUCAGAAGUCGAGUAUCAAAAUUCACAAUCCAAUCGUUCUCUCCCGCAAAACAGAAAUGAGAUGAGAGCAGCAUCACUUCUCAAAUUCCUUCCACACCCAUCUUCUCUCACUCGCACUCCUUCUUCCUCCUCUCUUCCUCCUUUCACCCCCAAUUUCAAUCAACCUUCCAAUUUUCCCGCCAUUUUCUCCAAAAUUAGGGUUUCGGCUAUGUCGACGGCUGCUAAUUUAGGAAAUUCAAGGGAGUUCGCUUUGUCUUCUUCUAGUCGUCUCAAAAUUCAGCAGGGCGAUAUCACUCAGUGGUCCGUCGAUGGCUCCUCUGACGCCAUUGUCAAUGCUGCGAAUGAGAGAAUGCUGGGUGGAGGCGGUGUAGACGGAGCCAUACACAGAGCUGCUGGUACAGAACUCAAAAAAGCAUGUUAUAAAGUACCUGAAGUUCGCCCUGGAGUUCGCUGUCCCACUGGAGAAGCAAGGAUCACUCCUGGUUUCAGAUUACCUGCAGCUCAUGUAAUUCACACUGUUGGUCCAAUAUAUGAUGUUGACAAAAAUCCCGAGGCCUUGCUGAAGAAUGCUUACAAAAAUAGUUUGCUUGUUGCGAAAGAGAACAACAUUCAAUAUAUAGCCUUCCCUGCCAUAUCUUGUGGUGUUUAUAGAUAUCCUUAUGAUGAAGCAGCCAAUAUUGCCAUAUCCACAGUUAAGGAAUUCGCCAAUGACUUCAAGGAGGUUUAUUUUAUACUGUUCUCUGAUGACAUAUACAAUGUCUGGUUGGAGAAAGCAGAGGCGCUUGUUGGAAAUUAAGGCUAUUCUUCUCGACUUCAGAUAUGUGCUUAGAUAAGUAUGUACUGCCAGAGUUACUCCGAAGUUGACAUUGAGCUGCUGAGAGGAAAUAUGUAUUAACAGGUGUUGAAAAGUCUAAGUUGAGCUUAAUUUGUUAGCCAAUAAUAAUAUAGGUUCAUCAUCGUGUUAUCUUGUAUUUCUUCUUGCACCCUUUCUGCUCUCUUUAUAUGAAAUCACUAGUAUGUAAGAAUGUAACUGCUUUGAGGCAUUGGGUUUCAACAAACACAAUAUAAGGCAUUAUACACAUUCAUGCUUCAA